AAACCAAACCUGAGCACUAAAACUACUUCUAACAGCAAGCUUUUUUUCUUUUACUGUGAGGCGGCGAAUGGGUUUUGAUAAGUUCUGCAGUGUGGACAGUUCCGACCCAUUUUGGGACUGGAACCGUACAUGGUACACUUCUAACCCAGACCUCACCCAGUGCUUCCAGAACACUGUGCUGGUAUGGCUGCCAUGCCUCUACCUCUGGCUGUGUGCCCCCAUCUACCUCAUCUACCUCCGCAGCCAUAACCAUGGCUACAUAUGUAUGAGUCACCUCAACAAAGCCAAAACUGCUGUUGGCUUUCUAUUAUGGAUUAUCUGCUGGGCAGACGUUUUCUAUUCUUUCUGGGAAAGAAGUCAUGGCAGCAGAUCACCUGCACCCGUUCACCUAGUCAGUCCAACCUUACUGGGCUUCAGCAUGUUGCUGGCCACCUUGUUAAUCCAGUACGAAAGGAUGAAAGGUGUUCAGUCAUCUGGAGUGAUGCUGAUCUACUGGUUGCUGGCUCUGGCAUGUGCCACAGUCACCUUCAGGUCCAAGAUCCUCCAGGCUCUGGACCAGCCAUCAACAGUGUGUGUGUGGAGGUACACCACCUUCUACAUCUACUACGCUCUGCUGCUGGUUGCUCUAUUCCUGUCCUGUUUGUCAGACCAGCUGCCCCUUUUCUCCCCAGCUGUUAAAGACCCGAAUCCCUGCCCUGAGUUUGGAGCUUCUUUCCUCUCCAGGAUAACCUUCUGGUGGAUCACAAGGAUGAUGAUCGUAGGCUACAAGCACCCUCUAGAGGAGAAGGACCUGUGGUCUCUGAACCCUGAUGACCGUUCUCAGGGAGUAGUUCCACAGCUGGUACAUCGCUGGAACACAGAGUGCCAAAAAGUCAAAAGUACAGAGCAGAAGACGUUGUACUCCCCCAAGCGGGUCCAGCACACUGAGGGCAAACAGGAUGGAGUUGUGGAGGAGUCUGAAAUAUUGAUUGUUAAAAAACCCCAUAAGACAAAGGAGCCGUCCCUGUUCUGGGCGCUGUGCCUGACUUUUGGGCCAUACUUCCUCAUCUCCUGCUUCUAUAAAAUCAUCCAGGACAUCCUCAUGUUCGUUGGGCCUGAGAUCCUCCGGCUGUUGAUCUCAUUUGUCAACAACUCCAGCGCCCCCUCCUGGCAGGGCUUCUUCUACACAGCUCUGCUCUUUAUAUGCACCUGUGUACAGUCGCUCAUCCUCCAGAGGUAUUUCCACGUGUGCUUCGUCUCAGGCAUGCGUCUGCGCACCGCCAUCAUUGGAGCCGUCUACAGGAAGGCCUUGGUUAUCAGCAGCGCAGCACGUCGUACCUCCACUGUGGGAGAGAUCGUCAACCUGAUGUCUGUGGACGCUCAGCGCUUUAUGGAUCUCAUCACUUACAUCAACAUGAUAUGGUCUGCUCCUCUGCAGGUGGUACUGGCCCUUUACUUUCUCUGGCAGAACCUGGGUCCGUCUGUGCUGGCUGGAGUGGCUGUGAUGGUUCUGAUGGUUCCUGUUAAUGCUGUCAUCGCCAUGAAAACCAAAACCUACCAGGUGGCUCAGAUGAAGAGUAAGGACAAUCGCAUCAAGCUGAUGAAUGAGAUGCUGAACGGCAUCAAGGUGCUGAAGCUGUACGCCUGGGAGCUGGCCUUUAAGGACAAGGUGUCAGAAAUCCGUGAGAGUGAGCUCCAGGUCCUGAAGAAGGCCGCAUACCUGGGUGCAGUGUCCACCUUCACCUGGGUCUGUGCACCGUUCCUGGUUGCUCUAUCCACUUUCACUGUGUACGUGCUGAGCGAUGAAGAGAAUGUGCUGGAUGCUGAGAAGGCCUUCGUGUCUCUAGCUCUAUUCAACAUCCUUCGUUUUCCUCUCAACAUGCUACCUAUGGUCAUCAGCAGUAUGGUGCAGGCCAGUGUGUCCCUGAAGCGCUUGAGAGUGUUUCUAUCACAUGAGGAGCUGCAGGAGGACAGUGUGGAACAUAACACAGUAGCAGGCUCUCCUCACAGUAUCUCCAUAGUGGAAGGAGUUUUCAGCUGGUCCAGAUCUGAAUCACCAACACUCAAGAGGCUGAAUGUGUGUAUCCCAGAAGGCUCUUUGGUGGCUGUGGUGGGACACGUUGGAUCAGGAAAAUCCUCACUGCUCUCUGCUCUGCUCGGAGAGAUGGACAAACUAGAAGGAACUGUGGCCGUCAAGGGUUCAGUGGCCUACGUUCCCCAGCAGGCCUGGAUCCAGAACUCCACACUGAAAGACAACAUCAUGUUUGGCCAGGAGAGGAGGGAGACCUGGUACCAGCGUGUGGUGGAGGCAUGCGCUCUCCAGCCUGACCUGGAGAUCCUUCCUGCUGGAGAUGAGACCGAGAUCGGUGAGAAGGGAGUGAAUCUGUCUGGAGGUCAGAAGCAGAGGGUGAGCCUGGCCAGGGCUGUCUACUGCGACCGUGCUGUCUAUCUGCUGGAUGACCCGCUGUCUGCUGUCGACGCUCACGUAGGAAAACACAUCUUUGAUCAAGUCAUCGGCCCACAAGGUCUACUGAAGGAAAAGACUCGUGUGCUGGUGACUCACGGGCUGAGCUACCUGCCCCAGGCCAACCUGAUCCUGGUCAUGGUGGAAGGAGAGAUCACAGAGAUGGGAUCUUACCAGCAGCUCAUGGCCACAGAGGGAGCCUUCGCUGAGUUCCUGCGGACAUAUGCUGCUGUCGAUCACACCGACAACGACGGUGAGACACACACGAGAAGCAAAGGAAUGGAGAAUGGCAGUGUGACUACUCUUGUUGGCAGCGCGUCCAAACUACCGCAGACGGGUAAAGAGGCAGAGGCGCUCAACAAGAAGGCUAAGAACGCUGAGAUGGGGAAGCUAACAGAGGCUGACAAAGCCAGAACUGGACGGGUCAGGCUGUCAGUGUUCUGUGCCUAUAUGAAAGCCAUCGGAGUGCUUCUGUCCUUCAUCAGUCUGCUGCUGUUCCUCACCCAUCACCUGGUCUCCCUCUUCUCCAACUACUGGCUGAGCCUGUGGACGGACGACCCCGUCAUUAACGGCACCCAGCCUUACAGACAGAUAAGACUGGGAGUGUACGGUGCUCUCGGCCUAUCGCAGGGUGUGGCAGUGUUUGGUUACUCUCUCUCCAUGUCCAUUGGAGGCAUCCUGGCAUCUCGCUACCUCCACCAGUCCAUGCUGUACGACGUCCUGCGCUCACCUAUGUCCUUCUUUGAGCAAACCCCCAGCGGUAAUCUGGUCAACCGCUUUGCCAAGGAGAUGGACACCAUCGACUCAGUGAUCCCUAGCAUUAUUAAAAUGUUCAUGGGCUCCAUGUUCAAUGUGAUGGGUUCAUGUGUCAUCAUCCUGAUCGCCACACCACUGGUGACCAUCAUCAUUCCUUUUCUUGGCUUGCUUUACUUUUUCGUACAGAGGUUUUAUGUGGCGUCAUCUCGUCAGCUGAAGCGUCUGGAGUCCGUCAGCCGCUCACCCAUCUACACUCACUUCAAUGAAACACUGUUGGGCACCUCAGUUAUCCGAGCCUUCGGUGAACAGGCGCGCUUCAUCCGUGAGAGUGACCAGCGGGUCGACCACAACCAGAAGGCCUACUACCCCAGCAUAGUAGCAAACAGGUGGCUGGCAGUUCGUCUGGAGUUUGUAGGAAGCUGCAUUGUGUCAUUUGCAGCUUUGUUUGCUGUGAUAGCCAGAGAGAGCCUGAGUCCAGGCAUUGUGGGGCUGUCUGUCUCCUACGCUCUCCAGUUGACUGCCUCUCUGACCUGGCUGGUGAGGAUGUCCUCUGAUGUGGAGACCAACAUAGUGGCUGUGGAGAAAGUGAAAGAGUACAGCGACACAAAGAAAGAGGCAGAGUGGAAACAUGAGGCCUCCACCCUUCCCCCAGGCUGGCCCACUGAAGGCUGCAUAGACAUCAGAGGCUAUGGCUUGCGCUACCGCCACGAUCUGGACCUGGCCAUCCGCAACAUCACCAUCAAAAUUGAUGCAGGAGAAAAGGUGGGGAUUGUGGGGCGCACUGGAGCAGGGAAGUCAUCCCUAACACUGGGGCUGUUCCGGAUCAUUGAGGCAGCUGAGGGCCAGAUCUUGAUUGAUGGGGUAGACAUUGCUCAGUUGGGACUACAUGAACUCCGCUCCAGAAUCACCAUCAUACCACAGGACCCCGUGAUGUUUUCAGGCUCUCUGAGGAUGAACUUGGAUCCCUUCAACAGUUACACUGAUGAGGAAGUAUGGAGAGCUGUGGAGUUUUCUCAUCUCAAGAGUUUUGUGUCCGGUCUGCCAGACAAACUCAACCAUGAGUGUAGUGAAGGAGGAGAGAACCUCAGUGUGGGUCAGAGGCAGCUGCUGUGUCUGGCCAGAGCUCUGCUAAGGAAGACCAAGAUUCUGGUUCUAGAUGAGGCCACAGCAGCGGUGGACAUGGAGACAGACAACCUGAUCCAGUCCACCAUACGCUCCCAGUUUGAAGACUGCACCGUCCUGACUAUAGCUCAUCGCCUUAACACCAUCAUGGACUACACCAGGGUUCUGGUGUUGGACAAGGGAGAGAUAGCCGAGUUUGACUCUCCCUCCAAUCUCAUUGCUCAAAGAGGAUCCUUUUUCAAGAUGGCCAAAGACUCUGGACUGGUGUGAAGCAGGAAGUGCCUCACUGUCCAGAUGCUCCUCUGAGUCCCUCUGAGCUCUUCUGACUCCCUGAUGUGGAGCUCCUGUUAAAGGAGUGAGAGGGAGAUCAAGUAGAGGAAAUGUUCAGAUUUGGAGUGUUUGACUGUUAAAAUAAAGGUGUUGGUGAGAGCAAAGGGUUUGACCUGCUCCACCCGACACUUCCGUCCUCAUUUAACUACACAAAUGUAUGCUGCCAGUCUCUAACAACCCUGCUUCUUUUUGUUAGCCCGCAUAUGUACAAUGCCGUUUCUUCCUAGCUUGUUCAUGCUAUAGAAGGGACAUGGUAAGCAGUGAUGAGGUUGGUAGGUUGUCUUAAAGUACAGUCAAACUGCUGCCCUGAAAAAACAGUUUUGAAAUCUCAGUGAUGAUUUGAGGAGGUGGUCAGGUUAGGUUAGGAUGUGGGGGCUGCUUUAAAGUCAGUAUGGGUUUAUGGUUGUUCCCAUUGUCAUGACAACCAGAGUAGCAAAGAUGAAGUGACAAAUUCCUGCCUCACAAUUGAGUUGUCCCAGUUCCAUACUAGAUACUAAAUAUAUACUGACAGCUUUCCUGCAGUGUUCAUCAGGUUAGAUUGAGCCAUUGAAUGCAGUGUUAACCUGUUUCACAUAGAAUACUACAAUUAUCAAAGUAUGAAGGAACAAUUUGGUCUAUUCUCUUCUCUAUUUUUCAGUACUUCCCAUCAGAAUACAGCAAUAAUUCUUUAUAUAUAGAUAAUUAAAUGAGUGUGACCUGGAUAAACAGCAGGAAAUAGAUGGAUUCACC